GCUGCCACCCGGAUGCAGUCAUUCACAUGGGUCUGAGAGCAUCUGGUGUGCAGAGCCAUUCAAUCCUAUUCUCAUCCCUGCAAAGCCAAAUAGACAGCUGAGAGAACCAACCGCAUCUAUCAUCUUGAAGCCAUUAGACCAAUUGCAGGGUGGCGGGGGAGGGAGGACUCUGUUUGCAGCAUCCCUGAAGCAGCCCCUGUUGUGUGAAAUACAAGAAAGGGCAAGACAGGGGGACGAAACGAAGAGGCAACCGGAGAACGGGAAGGGGAUAUUGUGGAGGUUGCCGGGAUAGGGUAACUCUGGUGUGUGGAGUCCAUCUUCACAGAAAGAUGGCUGUUUUUUCAAUGUAAACAGCCUGUGCAGUACCUGCAUUGCUAAAGGGGGAAGCAAAAGAGGAGGAGGGGCAGCCGCUGGAGGAAAUGCUGCCUCUUCCAAUGAAAUUUUACCCUCUCUAGCUACCCCGGCCUGCCGCAGAUCACAUCUGAAGUCAUGCCUGUUGUAUAUUAAGUUUUUAUCCUCCAGAUCAUAUGGCCAAAGCAUUAUUAAUGCCACAGCAGACCCCAAACCAGAGGGAAAGACACCUGUGUUGACCAUGAGACGCACUAGAGGCUGAGCGACACAUCAACAUCCACACACAGAUUGAAAAUACAUCCUUCAGUUGAAACUGUUAAACCUGACCAUGGCUGUGACUGCAGCUGAGACAACUACAAGUUUUCUCUCCACAACUGCCACGACCACCCCACUCCCCUUUCUCUUGACGAGCAAAAGCGCUAGAGACAAUGUCACCUCCAGAACGUCAUUAAUGACUGUUACUAUAACAACAAACGAGACCAGCUUCAACGCCACCACGUUUCCGAAGGCGGUGAUCGACGGCUCGGGAAUGGGAAUGGUGCUCGUACCCUUUGGCAUCAUCACUGUCAUUGGCUUGGCAGUGGCAAUUAUGCUGUAUAUUCGGAAACGGAAGCGGUUGGAGAAGCUGAGGCACCAGCUUAUGCCCAUGUACAACUUUGACCCGGCUGAAGAACAAGAUGACCUGCUGGAACAGGAACUACUGGACCACGGCCGGGAAGGCAGCCUCACAGGUCCCAAUGCAAAGACUCUCACAACCUCCCAGGGGACCAUGCAGAGGCCCAGUCGUCUGGUCUUCACAGAUGUAGCCAAAGCUCUCAACGCUUAACAGCUCUCUUCCAUUAGUUGAUCCAUCGAUAUACAGACUGUCUCUCAGGAAGGAAAACAAAGGGACAACUGGACUAUUUUUUGGAACAACUGGAGCUUUGGUGAACGUUUUCCUCACUACCACGCAGUACCUGAAAUGGGCGUGUUUUUCAACAACAACAAACAAACGUAGGCUGCAUGUAUCAUAAGGGAGCAUAAUGGGAAGCUUCACAUAUAAUCUUGCACUGAUCUGCACAAAUGCAGUGCAAUGCACUAUUCUUGAAUCAUGUUGUGUCAUUGCUGUUAAAAUGUUUGGUAGCUUGUCAGUGAAGUUAUUCUGAGCUUCAAUAUCUACUUCCAUGUUUGAUAAGAGAGUGGUAUACUGAUUUUGUGUUCUUUCGUCUCUGACAAGCUUGAACUCCGGAUGUGUUUCCAUCCUUAAGUGAACUGUCCCUCUCCAUUUUGUUUCUUCUUUAUUGGUCAAUGAAGGAUUGUUUCCGUCUGUAUACAUUAAAACUAUUGAAACCAA